AUGGCCACUGUUGGUGGACUUACCUCCCAAAACUCCAUUCAGAUGGCCAACUUAUUAAGUAUCUUCAAGAUUCCACAGGUGGGACUUCUCUGCAUUGUUCUUUACAACAUGGACAAGAAGAAGUCCCUAGAUAAAAGUUCAAUCCUUCAUAGCUUGGGCCUAUCUAAGGAGAAGAGCAAGAUGCAUUGGUUUCUGAGAAACGUUCAUUUUAACAAUAGUGCUGGUGAAGAAAUCUUUUUUGAUGAAAAUGGAGACCUGGCUGGUGGCUUUGAUAUCAUGAAUCUGAUCACCUUUCCCAACCAGACUUUCCAGAGAGUACGAGUGGGAUGGAUGGACCCCUGGUCUCCUACAGGCAAAGAGUUCUACGUUAAUGAAAGUGCUAUUGUGUGGAAUCAGAAAUUCCAGCAGAGUGUCCCAAAGGCUACGUGUGUCCCGAACUGCCACUUUGGAUACAGCCGGAUUGUUCAGGAGGGGAAGCCUGUUUGUUGCUAUGAAUGUGCCCAGUGCCCUCAAGGAAGCAUUUCAAACCAUACUGAUGCUGACCAAUGUGAGAAAUGCCCUGAAGAUCAGUAUCCUAAUAAGAAACAGGAUGAGUGCAUUCCUAAAUUGAUCUCCUACUUAUCCUUUGAGGACCCGAUGGGAGCAGGCUUGGCUUCUGUUGCCAUUUUGUUUUUUGUGAUUGCGGUUGCUGUGAUGGGGAUCUUUGUGGCACACUGGAACACACCUAUUGUGAAAGCCAACAACUGCAGCGUCACAUGCAUCCUGCUCUCCUCUCUGAUGCUUGGCCUUCUGUCUUCCUUCCUCUUCAUUGGCCAGCCUGGGACUGUGACUUGUCUCCUCCGGCAAACACUGUUUGGCAUCAUCUUCUCCCUUUCAGUUUCUUGUGUCUUGGCCAAAACCAUCACUGUGGUUCUUGCCUUUAUGGCCACAAAGCCAGACAACAGGAUGAGGAAAUGGGUGGGGAAGAGACUGGCUCUCUCAGUCAUCAUUUUUUGUUCUUUGAUACAAACUGUCAACUGUGCUGCAUGGCUGGCAACAUUACCCCCUUUUCCAGAAUUCAACAUGCACUCCGAGGUGUCUGUGAUCAUUCUACAGUGCAAUGAAGGCUCAGCAGUCAUGUUUUACAUGGUUUUGGGCUACAUGGGUCUUCUGGCCAUCAUUAGUUUCACUGUGGCUUUCCUAGCACGAAAGCUGCCUGAUUCUUUUAAUGAAGCCAAGCUGAUCACCUUCAGCAUGUUGGUCUUCUGCAGCGUUUGGGUGUCCUUUGUCCCAACGUAUCUGAGCACCAAGGGGAAAUACAUGGUGGCCGUGGAGAUCUUCUCCAUCUUGGCCUCUAGUGCUGGCUUAUUGGCUUGUAUCUUCUUCCCCAAAUGCUAUAUUAUUUUAGUCCGGCCACAGCUGAACACCAGAGAGCAGCUAGUAAGGAAAAUUGAAACAAAAGCCCAUUACACCUAA